AUGGCGACUUCCGGCCUGCUCAUUGACGUGGAAGUGACGAGUGAAUUCCCUCCGCUGCCGUUGCCCUUGAGACAUCCCGCACAAACAGGGCUUCUCGACGAGCUGGAGACUCUGGAUAUCCCGUUCCUCCAGCCCACUAGGUAUAGAAAGAGGGCAAGGGCUGACCAUGAAUCAUUUGCGCCACAGGGAUCACCUCUUGGCUUCGAGGAAGCGCCUUCUGGGGCAGCCAACCACGUCGGGCAAGUUGAUGUACCUGAGAGUGGACCAUCACUUGCAGUUGACCUUCGACGAGACGAGGUCAGCCGUGUCAAAACUGCGCCGCCUUUGGUGUCUGACAAAGUCAGCAAGGCCAAUCAAGUCUUCGAAUCCGUGACCAAGCCUUUCUGCCCGUCACACGUCGAGCUGAACUGGGUCAUGAAGUCCAAGCCGUUCCAUAUUCGCGAGGAGGCUGCGGUCAGAAAGUACAUCAAGGGAAAACCAGAACUUCUCUUCGAUGGCUCGGACAAAAAUAACCCUUUUUUCAAGUGGGGUGUCCGAUACAUCCCGCCUCCGUCUCAGGGUCCCCUGUGCAGGACAGUAGUCAUCAGUGGGAUCCCCAAGACGGCUUCACUGGACCAGGUCUUGGCCCGAGUUCGGGGUGGGAUGGUAUUCUCGGCCUCCCUCUUAGACACCACGACGAUCAACGGGGGUUUAUCGGCGAUGAUCGUUUUUGUCCAGGUGCAGGGGGUGCUGGGCUUCUUGCGUCGGGUCGAGCGUGAUGGUCUUUUCAUCGGGCUCGCCCCUGUGCAAGUGCGUCUGAUUUCUACCCCGACUUUCCCGAUGAGUCCCGAAAUGUCAAAGGAUGUGCUUUCGGGGGGCAAUACUCGAUGUCUCAUCAUCGUAGCCAAGUCAGCCAAGCUGGCGCUCAAGACCGAGACAUAUCGCAUCCUCAGGAAGACACAUCUCGCUGCAUUGGUCGAGGGACUGAGUGAUGUCGUUCCCAGCUCAACGAUUAUUGUUCGAUUCUUCUCGAUCCCAGCGGCUGUAAUGGCGAAUACGCGGCUCGUCAAUGACUCAAAAUUCAGCAGGGCUGUUCGAAUUAGGCCAGCUGCGGACCCUUGUGCGCAGGGCAACUGA